CCGUCUUGCCGCGUGCUUGUUCGGCACUUGCUGACUGCCUCCAACUUGUCUCGCCGUCUGCUGGCUGUCGAUAUAACUUGAACCUGACCAUCAUCACGAGCCCACCUUGCGCUCAUAUCUGCGCAUUCCUUUCACCCUGUCGCUGCUUCUCCGGCCCCGAAUGCACAACGCAGCCGCCUCGAUCGCGUCUACCUCGACGCUCCCCACCGCGCCACCCAUACCCUCCGCCUUCACUGAGUCGUUGAAGAGUUGGUGGUCAACGGGGGAGAAGAACAGCGCAAUAUCAGAGGAGCGGCUACUGCGGCGCCUGCCCUUCUACACCUCCGACCCCUCGAAGCCCGCCGAUCCGUCAUUACCUGUCACCGCGCACCGCGAGCGGGUCGACUUGUCUAAGCCGCACCACUACCUAAACACCCUUGCCAUCCAAUCUACCACCCCCUCAGACGAUGCACCCCCACCAGCGAUCAUGCUGCACGGCUACGGCGCCGGCCUCGGUUUCUUCUACAAGAACUUCCCCGCACUAGCGGACUGGGUCGCCCGACGACAGAGCGCCGCAUAUGCCCUCGACUGGCUAGGCAUGGGCCGCUCCGCGCGCGUGCCCUUCACCGUCAAGGCGAAGCGCACCGACGUCGCCGGCCGCGUCGCUGAGUCCGAAAGCUUCUUCGUCGACUCGCUCGAGGACUGGCGCGCGAAGAUGGGGCUCGAGAAGAUGACGCUCAUCGGGCACUCCCUCGGCGCCUACUUCUCUGUCGUCUACGCCCUCAAGUAUCCGGAGCGCGUGAACAAGCUCAUCCUGAUCAGCCCCGCGGGCGUGCCGCGCGGGCCAGAGGGCGACCCCUCGCGCGAGGUGACGGACGUCGAGCCCGCGGGCGACGGGCCCGUGCAGGCCGCGACGAAGGCGAAGAUCCAGGAGAUCCAGGCCGAGCAGCAACAGGUCAAGAAGUCGCAGUCCAAGCAGCGCAAGGUGUUCUCCUACCUCUGGGAGCAGGGCUGGAGCCCCUUCCAGGUCGUGCGCUCGCUGGGCGUGUGGGCGCCGAUGCUCGUCGGGCAGUACUCGUCGCGCCGCUUCACCGGCCUCACGGAGGAGGAGACGCGCGAGAUGCACGACUACAUCCUCAACAUCACGCUCGCCAAGGGGUCCGGCGAGUACUGCAUAUCGCACAUCCUCGCACCUGGCGCACACGCGCGCAUGCCGCUCGUCGACCGGAUAUCUGCGCUCAAGAUCCCCGUCACCUUCAUCUACGGCGAGCACGACUGGAUGGACCCGCGCGGCGGGGAGGAGUCCGUCGAGCGCCUAAGGCAGGCGGGCAAUGGCCAGGGCCGCAUGUACGUCGUGGCAAGGGCCGGACACCAUGUAUAUCUGGACAACACCAAGGCAGUCAACGAUCUCCUCAUAAAGGAGCUAGACCGGGCGGUAAAGGCAUAAUUGGGUGGGCGCCUUAGAUGUUCGAUAGAGGUUUGGAGGAAUUGCAUGGGUUGGGAGCUCUGGCCCUUGCAUUCAAGCAAGGGCUUCAUGGAUCGGACCAUAUGCAUUCUGUAUUUUAUUCUGUGUUGUACGUCGUGCUACCAGUCUUGCUUACUCUAAUACCCGUUUAUUGCCAUUGAAAAGUCCUCGAG